CGUUUAGACGUUCGUUCGACACACAACGAAGUGUGCUUUGCUGUUAGCUCACCUUGGGCGUGAGUGUGUGUGCUUGCGUAUACGUGUGUUUGUUGUGUGGCAGUUGUGAUAAUAUAUAAUCGAAACAUAGCAUAGCUACAAACAUAUAAUAAAACCCGUUUAAUAAUUCAAAAACAUAAAAAAAUGGGAAUUUUUCCAUUUACAAUAUGCAACAUGGUGCGGCAAGGUCGUUGGUCUCUGCCGCCGAUCCUGCUGUUACUGUUGUGCGUGCUGUGCUGCAGCAGUGUGUGGGCGUAUAACUUGUCACCCCGCCCGAAUAGUGUGAUCAAAGAUCCACAGUUUGCCACCGUGAUGCCGAAAGUGCGUGCGUCAUAUUUCGGUUAUAGCAUCAACCUGAGACCUCACGGUGUCUUUGUGGGUGCGCCCCAAGCUCAGUCAACAUUGGAGGCGCAACGCAACGUCAAUGAGACGGGUGCCGUCUACAAAUGCACCCUUUCGACUGGCGUCUGCAGUCCGUAUGUGUUCGAUGGGCAUGGCAAUCGCAACAUUGCGAAUAGCGAAUACACAUGGGACUCGGAGCGCAGGGAUUUCCAAUGGCUGGGCGGCUCAAUGGAUGGCGGCACCAAGGAUACGGACAAGUUGCUUGUCUGUGCACCGCGCUUCAUAGCGCCCUCAUCGAAAGAUUACCACAUGCAUGGCAUAUGUUACUGGGUGUCUGAUACUCUCGCCGAUCAGCCACAGAAUGUCACAAAGAUCUCUCCGCUACGUCUUAAAACAGAUCAAGUGCGCGAGGAGAACGAUUACCGAUACUAUUACUAUAUACUCGCCGAGGAGGGAUUCAGCGCCCAUGUCUCCGAUGACAACGAACAGUUUCUGAUCGGUGCGCCUGGUAUUUACACCUGGCGUGGCUCGGUGAUACGCUAUCGCAAGGUCUCGCUGGUGGAUGAUCCAUCGGCGAGUCGUCGUGAUACGAGCAGUCAGACGCGGAGUCAUCGCAAGGCCAGAAGUGGUGGUGAUUACAUUGACUACGCACCGGAAGUUACCUAUCAAACGGACAUACCCAAUCCGUCGCAUUGGAAUCAACCGGAUGACUCUUACUUUGGUUACUCUGUUAGCUCGGGUCACUUUGAUAGCCAAGACCUGAAGCGUCUGCUCUAUGUGGCCACCGCACCUCAGGCUAAUGAACAGUCUGGAGAGGGUUACAUCUUCGAUAUACGCAGCAAGACAAUCGAUAAAUAUCACGUGUUCCGGGGCGAACAAUUUGGCGAGUACUUUGGCUACGCUGUGCUCGCCGAGGAUCUCAAUGGCGAUGGCCUCACCGAUGUCAUCAUCUCAGCGCCGCAGCAUUCCUACGAAGACUCGCAUGAUAACGGCGCGAUUUACGUGUUCCUCAACAAGGGACGGUACAAUUUCGAGUCCAAGAUAAUCCGCUGUCCGUUGCCCAUUACGGCCAAGGCACGUUUCGGCACCACGCUGACCCGACUGGGCGACAUUAAUCACGACGGCUACAACGACAUUGCUGUGGGCGCUCCCUUUGCGGGCAAUGGCUCCGUCUUUAUCUAUCUGGGUGGACAGCAGGGACUGCGGGAUCAGUACAGUCAGCGCCUCGACUCGCCACAGACAACUGACUCCAAGUACGGCAGUCACAUGUUUGGACAUGGUUUGUCACGUGGCUCUGACAUCGAUGCCAAUGGAUUCAAUGACUUUGCAGUUGGAGCACCCAAUGCCGAAGCAUUGUUCUUGUAUCGCGCUUAUCCUGUGGUUAAAUUGCACGCAAGUGUUCGAUCCCAGAAUCGUGAGAUUAAACCAGAGCAGAAUCAUGUAGAGGUCACAGCCUGCUUUGGACUGACGACGACAUCCACGGCGAGCUCGGCCAAGCAACAGGACAUGGCCAUGCGAAUUGUGAUCGAUGAGCAGCUGAAACGUGCCAAGUUCACGCAAUCACAAUCCAAUGAGUUGAGCUUCAAUGCCACAGCGGGCACCACGCAACAGUGUCGCGUGUUUUCUGUGGAGGUGCGUUACAGUGAGAAGGACAUCUUCCAGCCCAUCGAGCUGGAGAUGCACUACGAGCUGAUCAAGAAGGUGCCCGACUCCGAGGAGUUCUGCGAAACUUGCGUGGCCGUCGAUCCCGAGGAUGCCAAGGUCUUCACCGAGAAGAUCAUAUUCAGCACCGGUUGUGCCACUGAGAUUUGCAUUGCGGAUCUGCGUCUGACGGCAAGAGAUGCCAGCUCCAGCUUUAUUCUGGGCAGCGCGAAGGUGCUGCGGUUGACUUAUGAUGUCAGCAAUGAAGGAGAGUCCGCUUACCUUCCGCAGUUGAAUGUCACCAGCUCCAGUCAAUUGAACUUUGCACAAAUACCCGGCAAUUGCAAGGUGAGCGAAUCCGUCAUGGUCUGUGAUCUGAACAAUGGACGUCCCCUGGGCAAGGGGGACAAGGACAGUAUUACCAUCAGCUUCGAUGUAAGCAGUCUAACGGGACAUGCGCUGACCAUCAGUGCGGAGGUCUUCAGCACGGGCUCCGAGAAGAGUCCGAGUGACAACAAGCUGCAGAGUUUGAUUGCGCUCAAGGAGUACACGGAAAUCGAUGCCUCAGGUGGUCAGACAAGUGCUUCGAUCGAUCUGGAGCAUUACAAGAACUGGGCAGACAUCACCAACAACUAUGAGAUCAAGAGCAACGGUCCCAGCACAGUAGAUGGCCUGGAGAUUGUCUUCAACAUUCCCGUAGCCUACAGAGUUUCGGGUUCCACUGCCACCAUUCCCAUCAUCAAUGUGAGCAAUCUGACCAUGCAGGCCACCUACGAUUCCCAGCUGGUGGCCAUUGAGCUGCUCGAUCAGAACAACACACAAAUCAUCAUGAACACAGUUGAGAUCUCUUCGAGCAGCAGCCGCGUUGAGCACACAGUUGUGGUUAGCCAAAAUGGGGCACACUACGACUCGACCACCAGUGGACAUGUGCAUCAGUCGUGGCAGGAACUCGACUCGGAUUCGGUGGCCACAGCAUCCAUGACACGCAAGCGUCGCGAUCUGAAAGCGUUGACCGCCAAUCGCGAGCAAUAUGCGCGAAUUACGAACAUCAAGGCGCACGAUUUGCUCAGCGAGGACUUCAAGGGCAAGUUGCCGGUGAAUCGAACUAUUGUGUUCAACUGCAGGGAUCCCGAGAUGACCAUCUGCCUGCGUGCUGUGAUGCGUGUGUAUAAUUUCAAGCCGGAGAAGCCAGUCAAUUUGAAUAUGCGCUACAGUGUCGAUCUGAAUGAGAUCAAUGCCAUUCUGAUUGAUCCCUGGGAGUUCUUUGCCAUACUCAUUGAUCUGAAUAUGCGCAAAGAGGGCGAUCCUCUGGGCUCUUCGCUGGCCAUUAAGCGAAAGAUCGAUCCUGUUGUUAUAUCAAAGCAUCUGGAAACGACGCUAAAUAUCUGGAUUAUCAUUUUGUCCGUUCUGGGUGGCUUAUUGCUGCUGGCAGCCAUAACUUACGGCAUGUACAAGUUGGGCUUCUUCGAGCGCACGAAGAAGGAUGAGCUGGAUAAGCUGGUGCAACAGAGUCCCGUGGAACCCGAGGCUGAGACCCUGAACAGUGACAAUAACUAAGCUCAAGAUUGUGAUAAUCAUUGCUCUUAAUUUUUAUGUAAACUUUGUGCAACUUUCGCGUAUACAAACAUCACAUUUUAAAUGGACGUGUCCGAGGAGAAUCGAAAUACCAAAUACGACCCAAUAAUGAAGGAUCCAACGACAACAAACAAAACAAAAAACAAAUUUAAUAUAGGAGUAAAUGAUAAUCUAGUGCCACAAAGCAUCGAAUGCUCUUGUGGAUUUUUUUAUUGAACAAGAAGACGACGAGGAAUCGAGAAGACGAGAGGACGGGAGUGAGUGCCUUGUAAUUUGUUAUUCAUUCGCAUUUAGUUUAUGUACAGCUGAGCUUGUAUUCAACCCAAGCCAUAUUGCCAUUAAAUUGUAAUUAUUUAUAAACAAAAAAAACAAAAGAUUUUGUAUUAAGCAUAAAUGUUUAAAUAGCUUUCUUCCUAGUUUGUAAGCUGAAAUGGCAACAAAAAAGACUUGAACUUUGUUUACAAUGUGAGAUGAGAAAUCCGAUGGUAACUAAAACGAGAAUUGUAUGCAAAAAUUCAUCCUAGUAUCAUAUAAGAGAAAGUAUUAAAUAAAUGAGUUUUUUAAUCGAGUAACCGAAAG